UGUGAAAACGAAAUGUAUUUUUAAUUUAUUUUUUCAACAAAUUUUUCAUAAAAAUCGCCCGCUAUACUUUCGAUACCAGACGUUUACCGACUACGAACGCGAGCGGAGCCAAAACAUCAUAGCACAGAUCAAAACGAAAACACGUCCCGUUUAAAAAAACACUUAAAAAUAGCCCUGUCUCAGCGGCAGGUUGGUAGCAGCAGUUCUUAAAACGAACACAACAAAAAAAAAAAAAAAAUACCUUCACAACUUUUAAAUUUUUGUUCCUGAAAAGUAGUAAAGUUCCAGUUUCUUCUAGCCAAAAUGUCGGGUGAUGUACAACCACGUAAACGCAAGGACAAGAAAAAGAAACGUGAAUCUCUUGAUGUCCGUAGAUCGGAAGGCGAAUUAAUAUUUUCACGCAAAUCUAGCUUACAAGAUGAUGAGGCUUCCCAUGGCGUGCAUAUUACCAAAAUGGGCUCUGACGAUAUGCAUCUGCAUAUUCACGAAGAACAUGGAACUGGUGGCAAUUGGUGUGCUAAGACGAUUUUCUUUUCUCUCAUGCUUUUACUACUGAGUGUAGUAUGUAUCAUUAUAAUGGAAAAUAGGGGCAUAUCAGAUGUGGAUACACCGUUAUCGGAGUCUAGAUUUUCGAAUUACUUCGAUGGCUGGGUCGAUGAACAUCGUGCUGAGCAUGAUGAUCAUCAUGAUAGUCAUGGCUCAUUGGAGCAUGAUGACGAUCAUGAUGAUGAACACGAUGAGGAAGAUGAUCAUGAUGAACCUUUUGAAGAGGAAGCCGAUCAUUCCGAAGGCGAUGAAGAAGCAGAAGGCGAGGAGGAAGAAGAUGAAAAUGUUACCCCAGAAGAAGAGGAUGAAGAUCAAGAUGAUACUGCAACAGCUGAAAAUGUAACAGCCGAAGAAGAGGACGAAGAUGAGGAAGAAGAUGAAGAAAAUGUUACAGCUGAAGAGGAUGUUGAUGAUAAUGUAACAGCUGAAGAGGCUGAUGAUGAUAAUGUAACAGCCGAAGAUGAAAAUGUCACUGAAGAGGCUACCCUGGAACAAAAUGAUGAUGAAGAAGAUAAUGAGGAUGUUAAUAAAACCAAUGAACAGGAUGAUGAAGAUGAUAAUGUGACCAAAGAAACAUCAAAACCUACCUCACAAGAUGUGCAAGAUGAUGACGAUGAAGAAGAUGAUGACGGUAAUUUCGAUUCUUUAGAAAAGAUUGUCGAUAACGAUGCCUCUGAAUUAGAGCUAUUAAAAGAGAAGGCUCGCCAACAGGCCGCCGCUGAGUCGUCUAAACAAAACGCCGCCUCAGCUGAAAAUGAUCUUGAGGAUGAAGCCGAUAAUGCUCCCUCAUGGGCUUCAUCAAAAAUAAAACCCAAAACCGGUGGUGGUCCACAAUCAUUAGAAGAUGAUGAUGAUAUUGAUUUAUUUGAACAAGAAUUACGAAGAGCCAAUGAAGAAAUGAUGCGAGAGCAUUAUGAAGAUGCCUUGAAAUCCUUUGAUCGUCUAAUACAAACUUAUCCCCAUCAACCGCAAACGUAUUUGGGUAAAGCCCAAACUUUGGAUCAAUAUGCCGAUCAACGUAAAGAUAAUCGCAUGCUAAUGGAGGCCAUUGAAUAUUAUAAAACUUAUUUGGAAUUUGAUGUUAACGAUGACCAACUUUGGGAAUAUCGUUCGGCGGGCGAGCGUAGUUUACAAAGAUUUAGAUUUAUGGGUCACUAUGCACAAUGUCUACCCAUACAUAAUUUACUUAUCAAAAAAUUUCCUCAACUACCUUCUGUUAGGACUCAAUUAGCCAUCACCUAUUUAAUGAUCGAUCGACUUUCAGAUGCAAAGCGGGUACUUCGAGAAACACUUAAACUUUGGCCCGAUGAUGGUUUAGCUUUAGUGCACUAUGGUUUUGUAUUGAAACAAUUGGAUCAUGAUUAUCAUAAUGCUACGAUAUAUCUACGUCAAGGAAUCGAAAGUGAAGAGGAAGGAACACAAACUGGUAUAUUCUAUUUUCAAUUGGGAGAAGCACUGCAACGAUUGGGAAAACAAAGUGAAGCUGUUAAAGUUUUUCGUAAAGGUGUUAAUUUGAAAUUAUUUCCCAGUGUUUUUCAAAGAUCCCUCUAUAAUGAGCCCAAUUUAAAGGCUCAACCUUUUUGGACCGCAAAAGAAACCACUUAUGAAAAGUUUUUUAAAAAAUUACAAGACAAUUGGUUGGCUAUUAAAGCUGAGGGUCUUAAUAUUCUUAGUAAAAUCGGUUAUUAUAUGAAUGAAUCGGAGAAUCUUAAGAAUAAAGGUGAUUGGAAACAAUUCGAAUUGUAUGCUAGAGGAGAACAGAGGCGAGAAAACUGCCUGCAGGCUCCCAUAACUUGUAGUUUAAUUGAACAAUUUCCAGCCGCACGUGGCUGUCGCCGUGGUCAAGUAAAGUUUAGUGUUAUGCAUCCGGGCACCCAUAUUUGGCCGCACUGUGGUCCCAGCAACUGUAGGCUAAGAGCUCAUUUGGGUUUGGUGGUACCAAGUGGCACGCGUAUAAGAGUGGCCGAGGAAGAACGCACUUGGCAAGAAGGAAAAUUCCUAAUAUUCGAUGACAGUUUUGAACACGAAGUCUGGCAUGAAGGUCAAGGUAUACGUCUAGUACUUAUUGUUGAUAUAUGGCAUCCAGAACUUAGCGAACAUCAACGUCGUUCCUUAUUUCCUAUUUAGAUUCUUUUUUUAUUUUUAUCAUUAACAAACAGUUUAUUAAUUUUAUAUUUAUUUUAUUGUUUUUAUUAUAAUUUUUUGUAUUAUCUUUUAU